AUGCUGGCGGGGACCAGAGACUCAGAAAAAGCAAUGAGGUGCACAGAGCUGGAGGAAUCUUGGGGACCACCUGAUGAACUCCAGCCGGGUUCUGACACAGUACACCAGGCACCAAACCCCGACCCGGUCCUGGUGUGGGCCCCCACCGGGCGGAGACUGCUGUCUGGAUUGCUGGGGCUAAACGUGGUGCUCUUGGGCACAGCCCUGGUGGCCGGGGACGCCUUCCACCCAGAUGGGCUGAGGCACCAGGAGCCCAUGCUGUACAUACUGCUGCUGAUGGGGCUGAGCAUUGCCUGGAUGCUGUGGUACCUGUUCUGGGCCAGGAACCUGCCUGGGGCCUCUCCCCACAAGGACCACCAUGCUGGGGGAAUCACAGUCACAGUGGUUCUGGUGAUCUUUGCUGGAUUCAGUCUCCUGCUGCAUGUGUUCAAAAUGGGCUACUUCAUAAUGAUGAGUGGCUGUAAGCCCGUCACUAAAGUGCUCUUCCCCUUCGUAGAGGCUCCCUUCCUGGGCCUGCAGACGUAUUUGCUCUGGGCCCACUCCAAGGACUGCAUUCAUAAGCACAAGAUUCUCACCAGGUCUGGUUUGAUUGUCCUGCUCAGCGCAGAUUUAUUACUCUGGCUGAAUGCAGUGACCGAGGACACCAUCCACCUGGAGAUGGAGAUGGAGAAAGAGGACAGAGAGGAGAGAGAGGCCAUGGGCAACAACCCACUGUCUCUUGAUGCAGGGCUCAGCAACUCAACACUGUGCCUGUGCAGCCUGCACACGCCGUGCUUCACGUUCCAGAAGGGCAUUGAGGUCCUCUACCCCUUCAGCAUUGAGUUCUACCUGAUGGCCAGCUGCAUGCUCUACGUCAUGUGGAAGAAUGUGGGUCGUCAGAUCCACCCCGGCUCCCACCCCCACCAGGCCCAGAAGCUGACCCUCCGCAUCAUCUAUGCCGGGGGCAUCAUCCUGGGCCCGCUGCUGGGCUUUCUGGUCCUGGUGGUAGGCACCACCAUCUUUGUCCUGUACCAGGUGUGGGUGAGCCAGCACGCACGCCGCCUCACCGCCUUCCUGCUUUUCUAUGGCUACCACCUGGCGGUGAUGCCCGUCAUGUCGCUCUGCUCGCUGGCAGGCAUGGUGGCGCACAAGCUGGAGAGGAGGGCGCACGAGGACGGGCACAACCCCACGCGCAGCCUGGACGUGAUGCUGUUGGUGGCGGCGGCUUUGGGACAGCUGUCCCUCUCCUACUUCUCCCUGGUGGCAGCGCUGGCUGUGGGGGUCGGAGAUACCCUGGGAGGCCUGGAUCUGUCGUACUCUCUGCUCAGCCUGCUGGAGCUGCUGCUGCAGAACAUCUUCAUCAUAGAGGGCCUCCACAGGCACCCAAGCCUCAGCGAGGGGAGGGCCAGGAAGAGGAGCCUGAUCUUUAAGAAGAAGAAGACUCGAGAGCAAGGAACUGUAGUGGAUGGACCAGUAGACCAUUCUCUGCUGGAUCAAGGUAUAGGAGCACCAGCACCCCACCAUGGAGAAGAAUCAAAUCACAAACAUCCCAAGACCAAAAGGGUGAUCCAGGAGAUCUGUGCCUUCCUCAUUCUUUCCAACAUCAUGCUGUGGGUGAUACCAGCGUUUGGGGCCCACCCGCAGUUUGAGAACGGCCUGGGGAAGGACUUCUACGGCUUCACGACCUGGUUCGUGCUGGUGAACCUGGGCAUGCCCUUGGGCGUGUUCUACAGGAUGCACUCAGUAGGGGCCCUCAUGGAGCUGCUCAUCUCCGCCUGAAUGUUCUCCCGACCCAGCCAACCCCCGAGCACGUCCAGUGAAGAAUACAGAUACUCCUUGUCCACUUCUAAGUCUGUGUUUUUGUGAUAAUUGAUCAUGCU